AUGGUCUUCUCCGUCCGCCCGCCGGCGCCGGCGCCGGCGGCCCGGCCCUGCGCCUGCUCUGCCUCGGCGGCCGCCGGCGGGGCGAGGGCGCGCGCCGACGGCGGAGGCGCCAAGUGGUGGGCGCCGCUGCUGGGGUGGUCCGGCCAGCCGGACUACAUCGACGCGCACCCGGCGUCGUCCGAGGAGGAGCCUCUGCCGCGGGGGCCGCCGUCGUCGGCCAGGCGGUUCGGCGUGCUGACGGAGGACAAGGCGCGGCGGCUGCGGAUGCAGAUGAUGGAGACGGAGAGCUUCCACGACGCCAUGUACCACUCCGCCAUCGCCUCCCGCCUCGCCUCCGCCGCGCCCGACAACAAGCGCUAG